AUCACCUCUCCUGCAUCUAGUAGCGCACGACAAGUAGCUGCACUGGUUGUGAAAAAGCAGCUCAACAUCCAGGAUCGGGUGGAUUUCGAUUCUAUGGAGCUGGUGCCACCUCCAACAGAGCAAGUGCGUCCAUCUGCACCGUCGGGCGCGACGAUGAGCUGGUUUGACAAAGUGGAGCGAUUGACCAAAGAAGGGCUGUUAUCGCAAGAAAAAACUGUUUCACUGUGAACUUGUGAUGCAGAAAACGAAGCACCAAAGUGUUUGUCUUGCUACACCUGCAAGACAUUGGAUUUUGAAGCGUGUUUUCCCUUGGGAAGCGCGCAUGGCAAGUUUUCCGCGUCAUGUGUAGCAAACUUGUGAUGCAGAUAUUGCAAAACCAUCACAGUGAAACAGGUUUUUCGUGGGAUAGCUGCGGGACAUUUUUCAUGCCACGACCGGUGAAGUUUUUUUGCGUGGUGGGCGGACCGACACAGACCUACCAGGGAAAGACGAGCAGAUGCAAGAGGAACGAAAACAGCAACCGCACCAGCCCGCUCAUUUUCCUCGUGACCCCGCGACGGAGCCCAGCCAACACUCUUCUCAGCACUACGCACAGGCUUUAUCAGAAGCGCAGGGACAGGAAGUAGAGAUGGAUCUGCAACUGGCUGAUGUGCAAGCGCUAAGAAGUUCCUGUGCGCCGACCACACGUACAACGACCGAGGACCACAAAAACGAAACUCCAGCCGCCCGCGCAACCACCACGGCUACUUUUCCCUCCCGCGCGGUCCUCUCUCAAGGCCUGCAAAAACUCCAAACAGCCCUGCAGAUUUCGCGUCGGCUGCUUUUCACCUACAAAAAAAACCGCGUGCCGAUAUGGCCUUCGCAACUGUUACACUCUCAAAUGCUACAUGAGUUUGUGAUGCAAGAAUGGCAAAAGUGAAAGGGGAACUUGCAGCGCGUCUUGCAUGACAGAUUGAGAUUUGGCGCAGAUUGUCAGCCUGUUUGGCCCCUUGAGAAUUGGUCAUGCGAAGUAGCUUGAUCGUGUCGACUCUGGUGGUAAUUUUGCAUCACAAAUCAUGUAACAGCUCCAGCUGAGAGUGUAACAGUUGCGAGCCCCAUAGCCGAGUCUGCUCGCGUCGGAUGAAGAUGGGGAUCAGUUCAACGUGGAGAUGCAAAUCGCGGAUUUGCUAGUCCAGCGGGCGUUGGCGUUUCAGAAGAUGUUAUUGAGUGACAGUGAAAAUGAGCGGGGGCGCAUCUUCACAACAAGAUCGGAAGAGGACCACGCCGCCCCAACUACAUCAGAAUUUCUCUACUACGACUCUGCAUUUAUUUUCCAAAACCGAAAACGCCUCAUCAACGGGAAACAAAACGCCAGCAGUUUUUCCGAUUAUCUAAUCUCCUGGAUCGAACGCGACUUGAUCAAAGUGGAAAACCAGCUCAAAUCUCUGCACCAGAAAGCGUUGUUUAUUUUUAUCGAUUGCCAGGGCACGGGGAAAAAUUUUGUCUUCAACGCGCGGUUUCUGGCGCAUAA